UCUGUCCAGUUAAUUUUUUUUUGUGCGAGCUGGCAGUGUUGUCACAUCCCCACGUUUCCCAAUUAAAACUUAAUGAACGGUGGUGCCUGUUUUUAGAGCCACUACCUGCUUCCCCCUCCUCCGUGAUAGAACUGUUGUAGAGACUGAGCCUAGUAAUUCCCAGUGGGUUUCCUUUUGGUUGUUACCCUGCCUCACCUGGCCUGGAACUCUGCAUACCAGGCUGGCCUGGAUCUCAGAUCCGCCUGCAUCUGCCUCCCAAGUGCUGGGAUUAAAGGCAUGCAGCAGCAUGCCUGGUUUACUUUUUGCCUUUUUAAUUAAAGAUAGCAGUUUAGAUCACUGACUGACCCUAAAUGGAGUGGAAGGUGAUAUUUUAUAAAGUGGAGAAAAGCCGUUCCAAUCAUCACUGCAUUUGAUCAGCUGUGUGUCUGGGAACUUCUGUGGAUCUAGACUAGGAAUUUGUGGGGCUUAUAGAUUUUGAAAAUGUAAUCUCUAGGUUUUAAGUACUAAAGGUUGCAUUGCUGUAAAGCCGGUGCUGCUUAUUAGAUAAGGUCUAUUCUUGUUCUGCCUUCAUAAUUUUGAAUUUAGCCAAGCUACUGUUUCUUCUGCUCUGAAGUCUAAAAAGGCUUUGCUCAUUAACUGAACUCUGUUACUGCCUUCGCUAUCUACUUUAAGUCAGUGAUGAAAAUUGUUUCUGUAAGUUAAUGAAUUAGAACUUUGCCAACAGCAGAUUGCCAGGAGUAACAAGGAUGUGCAUUAUCUCACUACAGAUCUUUUAUAGUAGUGCUUGGACAACCAGCAUUUUGUGAGCACAAAGUUAUCAUUGUUGGGUUGGAUAAUGCAGGGAAAACUACCAUUCUUUACCAGUUUUCAAUGAAUGAAGUUGUACAUACAUCCCCUACAAUAGGAAGUAAUGUGGAGGAGAUAGUGAUUAAUAAUACACGCUUCCUAAUGUGGGAUAUUGGUGGCCAAGAAUCUCUUCGCUCUUCCUGGAAUACUUACUAUACUAACACAGAGUUUGUAAUUGUUGUUGUGGACAGUACGGACAGAGAAAGGAUUUCUGUGACUAGAGAAGAACUCUACAAAAUGUUAGCUCACGAGGACCUAAGGAAAGCUGGAUUGCUGAUUUUUGCUAAUAAACAAGAUGUUAAAGAAUGCAUGACUGUAGCAGAAAUCUCCCAGUUUUUGAAACUAACUUCUGUUAAAGAUCACCAAUGGCAUAUCCAGGCAUGCUGUGCUCUCACUGGCGAAGGAUUAUGUCAAGGACUUGAAUGGAUGAUGUCACGACUGAAGAUUAGAUGAUCUCUACUGACCUCUGCUCACAGACUUUGUGUAAACAAAGUGUUAGACUUUACCUGAAAGCUGCAAAAAUGAAUGGUUUAGAUAUAUUUAUAAUAAACUGAUUUAAGCAUUUUCUAUAAGAAGAAAAAUUAAGACCACUUAUUUGAAAACCAAGAUGAAGUCUCACCAUUCGAUUUGCUUUCUCAUUAAUUCCUUCCAAAGUACAUUAAAGCUGUGAUUGACAGUUUUUCAUAAUGAAUCCUCUCAGGACAUUGUAUAGCCUGUGGUAAGUACAAAGGGAGAGGAAGACAUUUUGAAUAGAGAGCUUCAUUAUGAGCAUGACCACCCCACCCCAAAGUGAAUGUUUUCUUUUUGUUCCAUUUAGGACAAUACAAAUCAGCACAGAUAUUGUUUCCAAUUUUUAAAAAUGUAAUAUUAUGGAAAGUAUUUUGCUUAAAGUUGUAUAUGUAUUGUGUAUAUACCUCAAGUUCAGGUUAAUGGCUUUGAUUUGUGUUCUAAAGAAAAGCAAAUAACACAAAUUAAUAACCUUAGUUAUUUCCCUAAUGUCCUUAAGACCAACAUUGGUGUUGUCAUUUUGUACUUUUCCCUUAUAGUCUCUGUAUUGUGCUAACAAGCCAACCCCUGUCCCAAAUCACUGAGUUGCUGUUAAAUGAAGUAGGAAAAACUUCAUGUGGUAGACCUGUUUUUGUCCUUCAGUAACACACUUGGAAACAUGGAAUGCAGCUGAGAAUGUCUGUCAGGCUCGUGGCUUAGUGUUACUAUCAAUAGACUUGCACAGUGCACAAUCAUUAGAUUAUUCUUUUUGUUGAUUCUUAGGCCAACUAAUUACUCUUUAUUUGAUCAUAAAUUGUGAUUAAAACUAUCAGGUGAUUCUUAAUUGAAAAUUAUGGUGUGAAAUAUAUCUACCCAAAGAGGUGACAUUCUAUAAAUAUUAUUAAAUAAUUUAGCUGCAGCCUUUUUAGGUAUUAAAUUAUAUGCUGGUUAAAGCAAAUUUGAGAGUUAAGUAAGGUGUAUUUUCCAAGGAACAUUGAUAAACCCUUAACUUGCAGAAUUUUUUUUCUUUUUUUUUCUUUGUUUCUGUAGGUUUCCCUGUGUCUUCUUCCACCUCAUAAAUGCAUUGUUUAACAGUUUAAAAUACAGAUGUUCUGAAAGCUUUAAAAAAUUUGGCUGAAAAAUUGACAUAUCAUUUAUACUAAGAAAUAUUUUGACCCUAAACAGUUUUUAUAUUUGCUUGGGCUUUAUUUUAACAUCUGUAAGUUGAAGAUAUUUCUGUCAGAAUUAUAAACAAGUUUAUCUUGUAUAAAAACAUAUUCUUGGGGAAUAUUUAUAUACCUUUUGUGGCCUGAAAAUUUAAAGGUUAAUCUAAACUGGCGAGUUUUAGAAUAUUCAAAGAAAGAAAUAACUACUUUUAAUAUCAACCUUUUAAAUUUCAUAAAGAUGUUGGUAAGAAAUAAUAGUGCAUAUUAUAAGCAUCAGUAAAACUUGAAAAAAAAUCUGUCAGCAAAAUGUGAAACACAAUAUGUAAAUGUAGGUCAGGCACAGGAGAUCAUUGUUAACAUGGACUGCUUUGUGUUUUGUGUUUAUGUUAAGAGAUUCCAAAUGUAAUAUUUGGUAUUUGUCCACAUGCUUUUACAGAGUCAGUCCUAGGUCCUGAGCUUUGCACUGCUAGGCUUUGUUCACGUGUUCUCGUACUUCUUCAUCACAAUGAGAAAUUCUUCUUGUAUAUUAAAAAUUCCCUUAAAAACUCACAUCCAUUUUGUAUUUUUGUCAAAGAUGUAUUCUGUAAAGUAGCCCCCCAGAUCGACAACUUUUGACUUUUUAUUUUAAGUUGAUUAGUAAUGUGCAUGGUCCCUUGGAUUACUGUUGUAUCCAUUCAGCACAUACCAACCAGCACAUUCCAGUGUUGUCAAGGUAUUGACUAAAAUUUAUUCUUAAUUGGUUAUUUAAAGCAUGUAAGUUGGCUUAGUGUAGUCAGUUAUUGAAAGGACAUGAGUGAGAAUACAUGAAAUUUUACCACACUUAAAAAAUAAGAGUCUUUUGGUUUUGUACCUUUCUAGGCUAGUAUCAAAAAAUAAUAUGAUACCUGAAUACUUGUACAUAAAAUUUUGACUGGGCAAGAAUGAUUGUAUGAAAGUAUCAAAGCUGUUUUAACACUAUUCCAGUAAGAUGGAGAACCUCAUGAACAGCCAUGCUGGCAGUGCACAUCAUGUAGAUGGAAUUAAGCCAAGAACAAUGCUUUUAAAUUGUUAAAAUGGUACUUCUGGGUGUAAACAAACAUCUCAUUUAGGAUCAUUUUGCUUAACUUUGGAAAGAACAAAGAUUUAUACCUCCGUGUAUGUGGGUAGAUUAUGUCCUGUUUUGAUACUAAUUUUGAAAAUAAUACGUCUCUUGAUAUCUUGGUUAAAAUGACCAUAAGCUAAACCAUCUAAAUAUGUUUGAUUUUUGUCAUAAUAGCAUUUAUAUAUAAAGUAUAUCUUUCCCAUUAUAUUGAGGUUCCUUGAAAAGUUUAGUUUCCUUUAUGUUCCUAGCACACCUUGACCAUCACAGUAGACAGGCUAGUAGUUGGGAAAAGUGGGGAAUGAGUUCAUUUUCUUACAACAUUUUGCCUUAAGAAUAACGAAGUGCUUUAGCACUGCUGCUUGGCAUUUUUAGUGCAGGUGGUAAACAUAAUUUUAGAUAUGCAUGGCAUGAAGUAGAAGGAAGAAGAGUUUCUGUUCUCUGGCCUUUAAGAAGUGCCUAGGAGGUAGUUCCAGUAAGUCAGAGAUGAGGGCAGGAGCGGGAGGAAGGCAGGAAGUCCCUGGGAGGUUCUCUUCCUUUUGUCUGAGUGUAUAGUAUUAAGAUGCCUGGAAAUGGGACUAUGCUGUCCCUUUCCAACAGGCACUUUACAUUUCUUGCUGUGCCCACAGCAAUCACAUACAGCAGACAACCUCAAAACCUGUAAUAUUAAUGUAAAUAGAAAAAUUGUAGACAACUGUCUAGUUUUCUCUGCAGACAUUUUUGAGAAUAUAUAGUCUAUUCUACUUUGUUAAUAAGGGAUAAUCUAACCGCACAUUCUAGAUUAUCUGUGAACUUGAGGGUCUUCUGAUUACCUAGUGGUCUCCUGGUUUCAUUUUCAUUUUUAAGGCUGGGUUGAGACAGGAUUACGUAUUUCCCACAUUCUACUUUUUCUUUGUGUUUAUUUAAAUAAAUCAGCAUCAAGUAUCUAAAGGAAUUAGCAAUUAUAAACCUAGCAUUACAAAAUAAACCUGCUAUAACAGCCUUUAAAAGACAUCAAAAUAAACCAGGUGUGGUGGUGCAGACCUGUGAUCCAGCACUGAGGGACUAAGGCCAGGAGAGUUGCUGUGAGAUCAAGGUCAAUCUGUGCUACAUAGUUUUAGCCAGCCAGGAGUACAUAGCAAAAACUCCAUCAGAGAAAGAAACAAAGACAGAUAGAAAUCAGUAAUCAACCAUCAUGGGUUGUCUGUGUAGAAGCAUAGAUUAUAGAAAACAAAGUUUCAAAAUGCCACUUAAAAUAAAACAUCUAUGCCAUGAUUCCUGGAAGCAUAGUUUCUUUUAAGACCAUGAUAGUGGAGGAGGAAAAGAAAGAAGAAUUUAGUACUUUGGAUGCUUAAAAAGUGCUUGUGUUUAACUCUAAAAUGGUUUGAAUUGGGAAGAAAUGUAACAGGAUACAAUUGGGUUAAUUAUGCAAUAUUUCGUAUUUUAAAUUAUCUAGCCCUUGGGUAUUCUAAAAAUGAAAGUGUAAGUCUUUAUGGUAUUGCUUGCUAAAUACACUGUUCUUUGGUAGAAAUUUCUCAUUGUGUGUACUCAAGAAGUGCCUGAAAUUGAUUUGUGUUGAUUUUUAAGUCCAUGUAAUAAAUGAUAUGUGUUUUCUAUGGUA